GCAGCUACUCUCGACGCCCCUGUGGAUUACUACUUUACUCUGCCUCUUGAAGUCACCGGCGAAGGAGCCUCUGUGUGAUUCCUCCGCAAGAACAGUGAAGUUUUGUCAGCACUUGGUCUCCUCAAGAGUGAGACAGAGAAAGAUGAUGUAUCUCAUGCUUCUCGUGGCCACGAGCGGCCUGGUGCUGGCUGAUGUAGGCAUUGGCAAAGGUGGACAUGGAGGUGGACACGGACAUGGCGGUGGACAUGGAGGAGGCCAUGGGGGUGGCAUCUCUUCUUCCUACGGUGCUCCUCCUACUUCUUACGGACCACCUCCUUCCCCUUCAUAUGGACCUCCUCCUAAAGCACCCUCCCCCUCCUAUGGACCACCACCUUCCCCUUCUUAUGGACCUCCACCCAAAGCACCCUCUCCCUCCUAUGGACCGCCACCUUCCCCUUCAUAUGGACCUCCACCCAAGGCACCAUCCCACUCCUAUGGACCGCCACCGAUGCACUACGGUCAUCCACCACAGUUAUACUACUAUGUGUCCAGGCCAAACCAAGGAAAGGGCAAAGGCAAGGGCAAAGGUGGCUUCAGUAUGAGCUCCCUCUUCAAAGCUGGUGAUAACGCUAUCAAGGGUAUGAAGGGAGCUAUCUCCAAAGCUGGAGAUUAUGCUCUGAAAGGCAUGAAAGAUACUAUCUCCAAGGCCGGCGACUAUGCUGUCAAAGGAAUGAAAGAUGCCUUUGAAGCUGGAGACUAUGCCAUCAAGGGCAUGAAGGCAGGUUUUGAUAAGAUGAAUGGCGCUAUCAAGGGUGGCCUGUAUGACCUCGGAAGCAAGUUUACCAAGUUCACCAAGGGAGGCAAGGGUGGUGAUGAUGAAGACUACUACUACUUCUAUGUUCCUGCUGCUCCCUCCUAUGGCCAUGCACCCUCUAACAGCUAUGGUCCUCCCCCUGCUAGUUAUGGUCCUCCCCCUGCUAGUUAUGGCCCUCCUCCUGCUAGCUAUGGCCCUCCCCCAACCAAUUAUGGUCCUCCACCAACGAGCUAUGGUCCUCCCCCAACCAGCUAUGGCCCUCCCCCUACCAGCUAUGGCCCACCACCUAAGGCUCACCAUGGUGGUGGUGGUCAUGGUGGUGGUCAUGGUGGUGGUCAUGGUGGUGGCAGUCAAACAAUAUACGGUGCCCCCAAGCCUGACGACAUUGUCAUCUCUGGUACUGGAUAUGGUGCCCCACCAGUCCACACUCCUUCUUCAAGCUACGGUGUUCCCUCUCCCAAAGGACAUGGGCACUAAGGUAAAGGAGGAGAAGGUUUCACUAGUACGACAAAAGUACAAGUGGAUCAAAUAUACGUCAAAUGCCUGAACGGUGCUCAAUGUGAACCCUGUCUGGCUGCCACCAAGCUCUGUUAUCACGUGCCAGAGAUCUUAUGCCGUCACCGGAUGCCAGCAAGCAAGUGUUGCAAGA